GUCACUUAUAUGCGCCACAACCUUCACUGUAAUACAUUUUCUCUUUACAGUUAGAUAUAUAAUUAUAGAAUUUCUAGACAUGCAGAGAGCCGCGAAGUGUGCUUGGAGACUGGACCUCAGUCGUGCAUUCUGUCCGUCGAGCGCGAGGAACUGUCGUGAAGUAAACAUAGUAAAUGGCUCAGUGUCGUGCAGAAGAUACAGCAUCCUUCCUCCACCACGUGAUGAAGAAGAGAAAGCCAUGCUGGAUAGUAUGCUGAGGGUUGAUCAUGCAGGAGAGUACGGAGCCAACCGCAUCUACGCUGGCCAGAUGGCAAUUCUUGGAAGAACUCAGACAGGUCCUCUAAUCCAGCACAUGUGGGACCAGGAGAAAAUGCAUUUGGAAAGGUUUAAUGAGAUCCUUGGUGAGCAUCGGGUUCGACCAACAUUAUUGUUGCCAUUAUGGAAUAUUGCCGGGUUUGCAUUAGGGGCCUGUACUGCUCUUCUGGGUAAGGAAGGGGCCAUGGCCUGCACUGUUGCAGUGGAGGAGAGCAUCUCAGAGCACUACAACAGCCAAAUCCGAACGCUAAUGGAGACUGACCCAGAGAGAUACACAGAGUUAUUACAGCUUAUAAAAGAAUUUCGUGAUGAUGAAAUAGAACAUCAUGACACAGGAUUGGAGCAUGAUGCUGAGUCGGUACCCGGAUAUUUGCUUUUGAAAACAGCAAUUCAGGCUGGCUGUAAAGCUGCUAUCUACAUUUCUCAGCGUAUUUAGCGUCAUUUUAAUAAUGCAUGAUGUGUAAAUAUUGUUUUGUUUAUGUCGACCAUGUACUGUAAGCAGUUGAUUUAUAAAGAGCACAUUUUGAAAGAGAUCAUGGCGGUUUAUGCGAUUACGUGAUCUUUAACAUUUGAAACAAUUUUGUAAUUAAAACAAUUGUGUCCGAAAACGUAUUUGCUCCAAAUAAAUGUGUUCACAAAA